UGAGAAGUGACGCUAAGCCACAGACGCUAUAGUUCGGUCCAGCGAGCGCCGCUUGUUUCUCUCUAUCUCUCUCACCGCCCUCCUUUCAGCUGUGACGAGAACGUCUUUGUCUUUCAAACCAGACUGCUGUUCACGCGCCAGUUUAUCACGAGCCCAGUUGCCGCCAUGUCACGCGCACUUCCCGUAGACGAGGCCGCCCAGGCAGCGCAUCCUACGACAUCCAGCGAAGAACAGCGGUCGGCCUCGGAGCGUCCCAGCAACCGACCCUGCGCUGUGCUACCGCAGUCUGUUCGCGUCGAGUUCAAGCCCACCAUGGCGCCCAGGGAGCGCACCUUCAUCAUGGUCAAGCCGGACGGCGUCCAGCGAGGCCUCGUCGGCGAUAUCAUCGCGCGCUUCGAGAACCGCGGCUACAAGCUGGUCGCGCUCAAGUUCAUGAUGGCCGGCGAGGCGGUGCUCAAGGAGCACUACGCCGAUCUCGCGGACAGACCUUUCUUCAACGGCCUGGUCAAGUUCAUGCAGACCGGCCCCGUUGUGCCCAUGGUGUGGGAAGGGGCGAACGCCAUCCUCACCGGUCGGGACAUGAUAGGCGCCACCAACCCUCUGCAGGCCAAGCUGGGUACGGUGCGCGGCGACUACUGCAUCCAGGUGGGACGCAACUUGAUCCACGGAAGCGACAGCGUCGAGAGCGCCAAGAAGGAGAUCGCGCUGUGGUUCAAGGAAAGCGAGCUGGUGGAUUGGAAGCCCCAGAUGGAGUCGUUGUUAUACGAGUGACCGUAACGAAGAACUGGUCUGUGUUUUCUUUGCCACCCAUUGGCGAGAUACUCUGUUGUUUUUGUCUGGCCGCAGCGAGAGUGCGUUGCUCUGCAGAGUAAAGGUUGCUUGGUUUCACA